AUGCCUCCCAUCUCCAUCGACCCGACCCUGUCCGCCUCGGAGAUCGCCAACGCUCACCACAUAGAGAAUCCAGAAGAUACCGAUCGUCUGCGACUUGGAGAUAUCGUCGAGUCCUGGGACUUCACUUUCCGAUGGGACGAGGAUUGUAUGCCCGCUUCAGAGUUGGAGAAGUGGCGCCAGAUACCGGACCCGCUUGUGGAUGAUUACCUAGCGACUCUCCCAACGUCUCUCUUGUCGCCCAAAGAAGAUCAGCUCCAGAUCCUCAUCUCCCAAGCUCAAGGCUCGCCCUCUUCCUCGUCAACAUCGACAUCGUCAUCCAACUCAAGACCAUCCGAACCUGACCUAGCCGCUCGAGCGCUCCUGGACCACCUGACCGCAGCUCCUCCGGAUGGGGUGAGAUGUUCAGACGAGACCAUGCGGGACGCACAAGAGUGUUUUUACAGGUUUGCCGGGGGUUUGCUUCUGGGGACGUUCUAUAUCAGCCUGGUCGGAGGGUUUAGCUCUCCCCGGAUCACGUCGGUCUUGCAUCAGACGUCUUACCUCGUUGCCCCUAUCAUCAAAACCAAGCCCCAAUCGACAGGUUCAGCCGACAUACCACGAGAUUCGUCUUUCGAACCAUCCCAAGCGACUUCGUACAACCCGACGGACGACCAGAUCAACGACGUCGCCUACGCCCCGAUCACUCCAGCGGUGAAACAACGAACCUCGGUCCGUCUGUUGGAGACGCUGCAGUUCGUGCUGGAUAUCAUGGGCUCCCCCGUCCUCUCUGCACAAAACAUCGUUUUCUCAGCUGAGGAUCCGAAAAGGCUCGUCGUCGAACAGACGCACAGGGUGGGGCCGGGGUGUAUGACACCGUUGGUCGGGGAAGGGUGGAAGAGUACGGUCAGGGUCAGGUUGCUACACGGGGUCGUCAGGAGGAGGGUCAUGUCCACGGUAGGCAAGGAGCGGGAAAAGGGGUUCGAUGGGACGGGGAGGAAGGUCGGGUACGAUUUCGAAAAGGGUCAGUAUCGGCUUGCCAGUCGGCGACACCCCAGGCUCUAUAUGCUUAUCUCGUAUCUGUUCGCAGACGGCUACCCGCUCAACGCCGAAGACAUGCUCCUCACACUCGCUUCCUUCUGCGUCGCCCCGCUCUGGGCAUGUAAACGAAUAGGUUCGCCCAUUCCCGCUCGAUUACAAUCGGCUUAUAUCGCCCAUUGGCGACAUGUCGGGUACUACCUCGGCGUGCCCAGCUCGAUCCUCGAACGUCACAUGCAGGUCGACCUCGAGCCACGGAAGGGGAAUGAAAAGACCGACCACAUGAGAGGUCCGAACAAGAUUUUUGCAUCGUGCUUGACGCAUUUGUUUGCACAUCCGAAAGAUCUGGAGGACACGCAGCGAUUACCCCCUCCGACCCUGCCCCUGCUCCACACGGCGAGUGAUAUGCCACCCUUUCAGACUCCGCUCAAAAAUCAUUUUCGGGCAGCGAGGUUCUUUCUCGGAGAUUCUCUUGCCACCGCGCUCAAUAUCCCACGGACGACCCCCUUCGAACAAUUGCGUCUGAGGGGUUAUUUCCUGGGAGUCACCUUGCCCGAGAGGUUCGGCAAGGUCUAUUGGAGGAGGUCCUGGGAUGUUCAGCGACGAAAUCUCACGCAACACCUCUUGGGGAUCAUGGUCCGUCAUAAACUCUCUGGGCGCAGGUCAAUGUUCCGACCACACGCGAUCGUACCGGGCCAACAGACGAAACAAGAACCCGACCUUCCAGACGAGGUGAUCGAGUUGGAAAAGGGAGAGGGCGAGUUGGACCACCGGGCGGCGAUGAGGUCGUACCUGAAGUAUCAGGCACUGAUGAUCGAGAUGAUCGUUGUCGGAUUGGGCGUCGUAGGGCUUGGGGGCCAUACCAACGGAACCCUCACAAGCAGAGUAUUCCCUUUCCGUGCCAUCAUGACCGCUCCCGCUUCUCAUCCCCUCUGCGACACAGGCAGCCGCCGCCUUGCACCUUGCCGGCGGAUGUCGACAACCUUGAAACGCUUAACCUGGAUGAUUCCCACAAGGGACCUCGAAAGAGCAAUGUACCAAUACGUCCCGCUGCUAGACCGACCGAUUAUGUCACAUCCCCUUCAGAACAAGUUCUUCACAUACACACUUCAGCUCGAGCGAAGGAGGUCUCUUCUUUGUUGAUCGCCAGAACAAGAAGAAGAGCAAGAAGAAGGAAAAUAAGCACAAGAAUAGG